AUGGAGCGAGGUCCUAUGACUACUCGACAGGAAACCAUUACCCUUCAUCGUUUUGCGAUGGACCCAUUGCAGUUCUGCGCGUCGCCAUUCGUCAAUAAAUUGGAUGCUCUGCUGACGUUUUCGGGAGUGAAGAAUAUCAAAUAUCAAGGGGGGCUGCCUAGUCAGGCUCCACGUGGAAAAUUCCCCUUUAUCAUCUUGGAAGGAACCGCAGUUCCUGACUCUGAAUUGGCAUACGGACACUGUAUCGACAAGGGAAUACUUCAAUGUCUCGAUGAAGGCGCGGGAUUGAACGCAAAGGAACUCGCUCUCUCGGUGUCCAUCCGAGCACUUGUCGAGAAUG